UCGUUCUAGUAUUCUUCGGCGAAAGAAUUAGCUGCUGAUAGCUCAAAUAACAGUUGAAGAUAACUUAUCAACGAAAUGGUUGAAACUUUUGAGAAAGUCUACCGUAACCGCAAAUCGGCAGUAAGAAACGAAGUCACCAUCUAUCUCUAUUGAAAUAUGUUAAAUCCCAUUGAAUUUAAAAUGGCAUAGGACUUUAUUUGCUUGCCUUAUUUUAUUGACCGAAUCACAUGCGACGGAUCCUCAGUUGAUAAUUUUAACCAAUAAGAGAGUAGUAAGUACGUAUCAUUUAAAUACUCGAUAUAUUUGACUGAGUUGCUGUUUAAUAACUUGUUUGAGAAAAAUAUAAUCCGUCUUGAAGACUAGUUUAUAAUCGAAGAUAGAUAAAGACCAUUUUAAUUUAGAUCUAUUCGAAUCAAAAUUGUUAGAGCUUCUUCAAUAUUUUACCAGUUUCAAAAUAAAACAGGUCCACCGAUUCAGCCUUUGCUUCCAAAAUGAGUUCAGAGUCAUCGACUGGUUUUGUUUAAAUUACAGUCUGAAACCCAGCUUCAAAUUCCACAUAGUACCAUUUUCAUUUUGAGUUAUUGUUUGUCUCUUUUUGACCGACAAAAGAGAGUUCAGAACCCGGUUGACUCUUCAAUUUGACCUUUCGGCGCUCAUCAUCUGGAGGUCAACACAGUCCGAAGAAGCUUUAUUUUUGACGCACGUGUGAAACCUAGACAUCCAAUGUUGAAACCGCGAUUGAAAGAAACAAAACUUCCAAAGAAAAAUAUCUAAUCAUUUCGCAAAUUUCCUGUACUAUUUCCUAUCCAGUGGAAUACUAUUAUAAUUGCAUCCGCGCCACCGUAGCUCAAAAUUUAAUCACUUGUGGCAUUUUCUACUUGUUCUGAAAUAUGAGUGCUAAUCAAAAAGUUUCUUUAUGCAUUGCCCAAAUUGUCUUGUUUGGAAUCCUUUUUCUGCAUUGUUCAGCGAUUCAACGUGUGUUGUACCAGUCCGAUUUCUACAAUGCAGAUGAUUGGACCCCAGUCAGCAUUCCUGGGAGAUCCAAAGACGGGUGGCAGUUGGUGUCUUCUGAGGGCGUGUACAGAGUGUGUGACGUGAACAGUGUGAGUAGUCAGUCUUCUGGGAGUGCCUUGAACAACAUUCUCUCCAAAGACUUCUCGAAGGACAAUGAAUCAACCAAGCUGCUUUUGGAGGCAGAUUUGCAAAUCACGCCAUGCAAAGAUCUAUCUAAAGGUGGUCCAAUCGGUUGCAAAGAACAGGUUAAAGUUGACGUUAGCUAUUCGGUCUCGGAUAGCCCCGAAGGACAGAAGCAGAGUCUAGUUCUCGAGUCGGAUUUAAACGUAAUCAAUAUCGAAUUUCCACCCGGUGUGACCGAAUAUACGAUUAGGUUAAUAGACGAAGGUGUUUGCGCCAAACUCCUGUCUUUCAAAGUUGCCUGUUUUGUAUGUGAGUCGCAAAUUGAUAACUUGGUUCAAUUCAAAGAAAGAGUCGCGAGCGGUGAUAUGGUGACGACUGAAGAAAUAUGUGUAGAUAAUGCUAUCAGUGAAAAAGCGAUCAAAGGGUUUUGUUUUGAAAGCGGUGUCUGGAAGAAGCAAGAUCGCACUACAUGUCAGUGUAAACCUGGGUUCGAACCCAGCCCGGACCUGAAAUCUUGCUUGGCGUGCGGAGUUAUGAUGUACAAGUCGGAAACAUCGAACGAAAAUUGCAGUGCUUGUCCAGCGAAUUCGGCUACGAAAAGCUAUUCGACUGGGAGAGUGAGAUGUGAAUGUGAAGACAAUCAUAACAGAAGAGACGAGAACGAUGCUUCACAACCUUGUUUGCCCAUGCCCAACAAACCCAGAAACCUGAAGAGCACUUUUGCCACCCACAGUCAAAUAGAGCUGUCCUGGAAGACCCCAUAUUCAACAUUCUACAGACCAACCGAGUCAGAUUUACAGACAGACUUUCUGUCGUACAGUGUCAACUGUGAAGCCCCGAGCGAACACUGUUUCGGCUUGCAGCACAUUCGCACAAAUGAUACUCGAAUUACAAUUGAGAAUCUAGUGCCCUCUACGGAGUUCACGUGGAAAGUGUGCUCGGAGAAUUCGGUCUCAAAGGGGGUGCAAGAAGAGAUAAAUUGCGCCAAAGUUGUCGUCGCAACGCUGCAAAGAGUGACAGUUCAAGAUGUGAGACUGGACUCAACUGAGCCCCACAAACUGCUGCUGUACUGGACUGAGCCGGAUAACAUCCGGGACUCUUCCCAGGUGAAGGGGGGCAACUCCUACUUAGUCAGAUGUACCAGUGCGGCCAUGCUGGAUGGGGCCGGGGACAGAAUGGUGAAUGGAAGUAAACAUUGUAGAAACAGAAUGUGCACUUUCCCCAUUCCUGCAUCUAUGCCUCCAGGAGAGUACUACUUCAAAGUGGGAAUUGGAAACCCGCCAGUGUUCUCAGAACCCACACUCGUUACCAUUAGCUCAAAUCUUCCGGUUAGCGAGGAAAUCAGACGUCUGAUGAUUACUGUGGGACUACUUUUUGCAGUUCUUCUCAUGAUUCUAGCAUCUUGCAUUGCAAUAUUCUGCUGCUGUAGACAGAAAAUCGACCAAACUCACCCUCGAUUCGCCAAAGGAGCACUGUCGCCUAAUUUCUACGCCGAACAGUACACCACUAUAGCGCCGCCAACUAUGCAUGAAUACUCGUUUAAGACCACAUCAGGAGGUGGGGGGUUUGGCGGUGCCUCGUCUUUCGUGGAACCCUGUCUCCACCCCGACCCCGAAUCGCUCCUCGCAAAGUACACACGGGAACUGAAUGAGCAUCAAGUUUUGUGCAACUACUACAAACUAAAAGGAAAAUUCAACGAAGCAGUUGAGCUCGGAACAUUCUGCGAGGAUAACUCGGAAGUCAAAAUCUCUGUGGGGCUGCAACACUUUGUGCCUCUGGAGACGACGAGUUGCGGAGGGGGGAGCAGUGGAAUGGGGGGAGGCGGGGGAGUAGAAACUAUGUCGUUGAAUGGAUGUGCUGAUUUGGACCAGUAUAAUCAUCAGACAAGACGGGAGUUGGUGGUCGCGGCUGCCACCUGUGCCCAGCUCAUUCACCCCAAUGUUCUCAGUCUGAAUGGAUUCGUCAAACGAGACGACGAGUCUCUGACGAUAGUAACUGAACACGCGGAACUGGGCCCCCUAUUAUGUCUACUCCAACAGGGACAUGUAAACAGCGUGUCCACACUUAUUCACAUGGCACGAGGCGUGGCUUGUGGAAUGAGAUACCUUGAAGAGGAGGGCUACAUCCACAAAGUGCUCAAGACGGGUAAUAUUCUUGUGAGUCAGAAUCUGGUGUGUAAGAUCUCGGGCUUCUCCCAACGAGCCAAGAUCGAAAGUCAGGAUCCCAGUUCAGGGCUCAUGAUCCCGGAAGACGUGGUGCCGUGGACUGCUCCAGAGGUGCUCCUGUUCCAACAGUUCUCGUGGGCCUCGGAUGUAUGGUCUUUCGGAGUGGUACUCUGGGAGAUGUUGUCCCAAGGAGGAAUGCCAUACUACGACCAGGAAAUACCAACCACUCAGAUCGUGCGUGUGCUUGAGGCUGGUUUCAGACUGCCCCCUCCCCCUCAAUGUCCCCAAUUGGCAUUCGAUCUGAUGAGUCAGUGCUGGUGUGGUGAGGGUAACAGAAGACCCCACUUCAGUAGUGUAGUCGAAGUACUCGAGACGCUCAUGAGGAAACCACUUGACCACUGUGCUGCGCCACAACAAAUAGACAACUUUGAUCAUGCGUCACCAUAUGCCAAUAAUCAGUGGUUCGGUUCUUCAAACUAUGCAAUGUAUAACACAUCUAACAAACAGCCGGGUUUGUUCAUGUCCAGCGCAUUUCGCGGACACAAUAGUCUGACAUCCUCCAACCCGAAUAACGCCGCCCUCUAUCAUCAGAACCCAUUAGCACUCCAACCUAGCCCGGUUUCCAACUUUUUAGCCCAACUGGGCUUAAAUCAAUACGAAAAUCUACUGCUGAUGACAGGAAUCCAAACUCUCGAGGACCUGCAAAGACUCUCCAACGAGGACCUCAAAGACAUCGGCAUCCGGUCAUCAAAACAUCGAAAGAGAAUUGUCCAAUCCUGUGUUAGGUUGAGCAUUACGGGCGUUAAACAGACAGUUAAUUUAGACUACAAUUCAUCAUACCAGUCGUCGUCACUGAACACGAAAAGCUGGAACGGAAGUCAAAUGUCGCCUGAAAACCCACGUGAACAGCUAAUGAGUCAGUACGUAUGAAAAAAAAACACGACGAAGUUUGAAAAAUUAAUAAACUGCGUGCUAAAAGCUCAAGCGUCUGUCACGUGUGUAGAAAAUGACCAUUUCGAGUGAUGCCGAAAUAUGAUGAAGUUUGUUUGAGAGGUCUGCUGAGAUUAGCAGCACUUUUCUGAAAUACAAGCUGUUUUUGAUUAUGAGUUUGGUAGUACUCAAAGUGCAAUAGAUUUUUUGAAAUGAAAAUAAAGGACGUUCAUAAUUAGCUUUAAUUUGCUAUCAAAUUUGUAUUUUAAAUUCAAUUUUUUUUCUAUA